CGACCACCAAGACGAAAUGGCUCGCAAUGAGGAGAAGGCGCAGUCUAUGCUCUAUCGCUUCCGCGAGGCCCAGGCGGCCGAGCUGGGCCUCGGAACGCGCGCGGACCGCCGACCGCGGAUGGCGAGCGCGUGCAAGAGCAUGCGCGAGUGCGAGCGCUGGCGAGGGGAGAUUCUGAGGGAGAUCAGUCGGAAGGUGUCGAAGAUUCAGGAUGCUGGUUUGACGGAUUACGAGGUCCGCGACCUGAAUGACGAGAUCAACAAGCUUUUGCGAGAGAAGCGGCACUGGGAGAAUCAGAUCAUUGCGUUGGGAGGAGCGAAUUAUAGGCGAAAUGUGGCCAUGUUGGAUGCGGAUGGGAAGGAAGUGCCGGGGACCAAGGGAUACAAGUACUUCGGACGCGCGAAGGAACUUCCUGGCGUAAAGGAGCUUUUUGAGAGCAAGAAGCACGAAGAGGAGGAGGAAAACCAGGCCUACGCAUUCUACAAGAAGUUCCUGAACCAAGGUCCGGCGUACUAUGGCGACCUGGACGAGACGGACGAGAGCUUGCUGCAGUUCGAGCGGAAUGCGGAAGAGGAAGAAUGGGCCGACGCCUUCGAAACCGUACGCGAAGCUCUCGGAUUGCCAGCCGAUGCCAAACCCCCACCUGUCCCCCCAUCCGCUAUCAAAGUCGGCGCUGCAUCAGCAGACGACGCGCGCCCCUCCACGAAACGCAAAGCAGACGCGGACGGCGACGCCGAGAUGGCAUCUGCCGAGGACGACGCGAAGCGUUCGAAGACGGACAAGGGCGCUGCCGCAACCGUCAAAUCCGCCAAGCCUGCCCCUCCUUUGGACGCCUUCGCUGUCGCGCCCACCGAUCCUGCGUACCAGCACGCGCAGGCUGCUGCCUCCUACAUACCCUUCCUCGCGACGGAGAAUUUGCUACCUCCCAAGCUGCCGACACAUGGGGAUAUGGAGGAAUUACUGUUGGAGUUGCGGAAGAAGGCGUUGGUGGAGGAGUACUUUGGGCAGUAGUGCAUCUGCCGUACUUUGGAC